AAGGGGAAAAAUAAAAAAUAAAAAAAUAAAAAAAAAAGGUAAAUUCCGAAUUAGCAAUAACGAUCCGAAAAUCGAGCUGAGAGGUGAGAGGGAGCUCCGCCUUGGCCAGAGACGGCUGGGAAAGGAGGGUUCAUUUUCGUGUAUGAUCAAACUUCAGAGCCUCCUUUGCUUUCUCUCUCUCUCUCCUGCUCUCCCGCCUGAUCCAAUCUAUCCCCGCUCCGGCACCGAUUAGAUUUUCCGGCAACUAAGGACAAGAGAGAGGGAGAGAGCCACAUUCUUCUCCCCCUUCUUUCAAACCCUCCCUGCAUUCAUUGCUCAUCUUUUCCCUCCCCCAUUAUCAAUCUCGCACUCGGAUCAUCAUACAGAUAUAUACUCUUUCCUGUUUUCCACCGCUAAAUUUUAACAAUAAUAUUGCAACACGAAUCCAAGGCUUUCUAAUUCUCAUGCAUUUUGAUGAUAUUUUGAGUGAAUUGAAUACCGGAAUAUGAUAUUGAAUGCAUAACCGGAAUUGAAUUGGUGAUUUGUCGGUGACUUUGGAGAAUCCUCCUGUGUUAUUGAUAUCUGCCGUGCUUGCAAAGGAAUAUGUAUCAAACGUCAACUGCAUCUUCUCAUGAUCUAUCUAGCACCAACCGGCGAAUGAUCGACGUUAAUUCUCCAAACAUCCGACUUUAUCAAGUCUGGAAAGGAAGUAAUAAAUUCUUCUUUGGGGGCAGACUUAUAUUUGGACCAGAUUUCAAAUCAAUAUGUUUCACAUUGUGCUUAAUUUUGGUUCCAGUACUCUUCUUUUGUGUUUUUGUUGCAGAAGGACUUAUCAAUAAACUCCCCAGCCGAGUAGGCUAUAUUCUUCUAGCAGUAGCUGUUAUUUUUACUACCCAUAUUAUUGUUCUUCUGUUUCUCACUUCGGGAAGAGAUCCUGGAAUAAUUCCCCGAAAUUUCCACCCCCCGGAACUAGAUGAUGAAGCAGAUACAUCAAGUAUCUCAACUGACUGGGCAGGGAGUCAGAGUGGUAUAAGUUUACCCCCAACAAAAAGUGUUACAGUCAAUGGAAUAGUUGUCAGGGUCAAAUACUGUCAAACAUGCAUGCUAUACCGCCCACCACGCUGCUCUCAUUGUUCUAUAUGUAACAACUGUGUUGAACGCUUUGAUCACCAUUGCCCGUGGGUGGGACAAUGUAUUGGAAAGAGAAAUUAUCGGCACUUUUUCAUGUUUGUUUCCUCUACAACUCUCUUGUGCCUGUACAUUUUCGCUUGCUGUUGUGUAAACAUUAGACUGAUAAUGAAAUCAGGAAAUUUCUCUUUCUGGAAGGCUUUUGCCAAAUCACCUUGUUCAGGAAUUCUUAUGAUAUAUACAUUCAUUGUUUCUUGGUUUGUUGGAGGUCUCACUUCAUUUCACAUAUACCUGAUUCUCACAAAUCAGACAACAUAUGAGAAUUUCAGAUACCGCUAUGAGAGGAAGAUGAAUCCCUAUAAUAUUGGAAUUGCCCACAACUUUAGGGAUGUCUUUUGCUCGACAAUUCCUGCUUCUAAGAACAACUUCCGUGCUAUGGUGAAAGCUGAUUUUUCUUCAAGCUUCAACAGUUCAGCAUAUCCAACAAGCAGCUCCUUGAGCCCAGAAAUGUCCAAAGUAAGCCACAACAUAGAGAUAGACAAAAGACAGACUGUUGAGAAAAAUGAGUUUGAAGACAUACGAAAACAGAUUAAGAGCAUUGGUGACUUAGAGAGAUGUGAACCUAAACGCAACAACUGGGACCAUAAACGGGAGAGAAGUCCUGAAUCACAUUUAACGAAUGUCGAGACUCAGGUAGAACAUGGUGCAAAGGACAGGGAGAAGAACACCAGAGCACGCUGACAGUUGAAUACGGUCCUUCAAGGCUCCAAAAAGGUUGGACAUGGGCCUUAAUCUCAAGGCGUUCUGAAGAUUUGGUUGCUUGGGGAAAGUAGUGGACUAUUACCACUGCUCCUGCCUGACUGCCUAAGACUACAAGUAAUGCAAUGUAGUUGAACUCCCUCCAAGUGGUUUUCUGGCGUAGGGAGCUGGCUUAAGGGCUUCUUAUGACUUGAAGUGAUGACCAGAGAACAUAUUUUGUUUCUGGCGUGGGGACAGUGAUGUUUGUUGUAGUGUGCUAUUUGUAAUGCCUAUGAUACGCUGUUCGAUAUGCUUAUUUAUAUUGUGUAUGGUUAGCAAUACACUUAAAUCAGGAUUAGAAACGGGGAAUCAAUCUUUUUUAGUUUACUGCA